AUGGCGAAGAAAAUGUCAGGCAUUUUUAGGAAAGCCAUUUCGAACGGGAAAGCGGCGAAGGGAAUAGAAGAACCAAGUGCACUGGAAUUACUCUCUAGUCGGGAGGAAGAGGAUGUGGAGGGUGAGGAGUCAACAGACACCGAUGAGGAAGGAACAGUUUCCGUCGACGAGAGCGAAAGCGGAGAGGAGGAAGGGGAAGACAAGGGAGAUACAGGGGAAGAAGAAGGCGAGGUGGGAGAGGAUGAGGAGGAUGGAGAAGACAGCGACGAGGAGGAAGCAGAUGAGAGAGAAGAAAGCCAAGGGUUUAGUAUUCUAGGUCCUGAGAAGCCGUCUAAGCGUGUUCCCGCUGUUCCAACUCCCGGGAUUCAGUCUAGUUCAGCUUCUGCGUUGAACCCGGUCAGAAGCUUCGACGAAAUGGGGCUGGACCCGCGUCUGCUGCGCGGGCUGGUGAAGCGGCGUCUGCUGAAUCCCACCCCCGUGCAGCAGUACUGCGUGCCGCUCGCCAUGGAGGGGCGCGACGUGGUGGCGAUGGCGCACACGGGCUCAGGCAAGACCCUCGCGUACCUGCUGCCGCUGCUGCACCGCGUGCUCGCCGACAAGGACUCCGCGCCCGCCGCCGCUGGCGCAGGGGGGAACUGCCCGCGCGCAGUGGUGCUCGUGCCCACGCGGGAGCUCUGCCAGCAGGUGGCGGAGGAGGUGGCGGCUAUGGGGCAGUACUGCGGGGGUGCACUCACUGUGCAGCGCCUCACCACCGGCAUGAACAAUGCUGCCAUGCGAGCGGCUAUGGAGAGGCGGCCAGACGUGGUGGUGGCAACGCCAGCGCGCAUGGCAGCGUGUGUGGCGGAGGGUGUGUUGUCGCCCUCGGCGCUCAAGACGCAUCUCGCUGUCAUGGUGCUGGACGAGGCACGUGUGGCGGAGGGCGUGUUGUCGCCCGCUGUGCUCAAGACACACCUCGCUGUCAUGGUGCUGGACGAGGCGGACGUGCUGCUAUCACACGGCUACUACAGCGAGGUGCAGGCCAUAGCGCGCCACGUGCCUGUCAGCUGCCAGUGCCUGCUCCUCACCGCCACCUUCAGUGACGACAUAGAGCGAUUACAGAAGCUGGUGCUGCAUAACCCAGUGGUCGUGCGGUUAGGGGACAGCUCAGGCCUUCUUGAGGAUGCCCCGGGGGGUGCAGGGGGUGCAGGUUUGGGAGUGGGGGGACAGGCAGCAGCAGGGGCAGCUGCUGCAGGAGAGGCAGCAGAAGCAGGUGCAGGAGGUCAGAGUAACCAGAACCAGUCUCUCCUGCCGCCCAACAUCCGCCAGUUUGCCGUCCGCUGCGAGGAAAAGGACAAACUACUCCACCUGCUCGCACUGAUUCGCCUGCAGCUGCUGCAGAAAAAGGUUCUCAUUUUCACCUCCACUGUUGAAGCCGGAUUCCGGGUGAAACUUUUCCUGGAGCAGUUUGGCAUCCGGGCAGCCGUGCUAAAUUCCGAGCUGCCCGUCGCAUCGCGGCUGCAUAUUCUGCAUGAUUUCAACGCCGGAAAGUUUUUCUUCCUCAUUGCCACAGAUGACGACAAUGGGGGGCUCUCUGCAAAAGACGGGGGGAAGGGGGGGAACAAUAAUGGGAGGGGGGAUUCUGGUCGAGACUCGAAGCGACGUAGAGUACAGAUAGCAGAGGGAGGGGAGGGAAGGAGGGAGGAUGGAGAAGAGGAAGUCGAGAGGGAUACAGGGGAGUACGGAGUGGUGAGGGGGAUAGACUUCAAGAAUGUGAGGACGGUGAUCAACUACAGUGUGCCAAACCAGCUUGCUCCGUACGUGCAUCGGGUGGGGAGGACCGGCCGAGCCAGCAGCGUUGGCAUGGCAAUAACCCUGGUGUCUCCAAAAGAAGCGCCGCUAUUGGAGGCUAUUGACAGAAAGAUUGCCCAGUCCAUGUCAUGUGUGGGUGGCGAGGACGGCACGAAGGGCGCCAAGCAUGUCGGCGUGGAGCAUGGGGUCAAAGGGGAGAGUGGGAGUGGUAGCAGUAGGAAGCGAGCAAGGGAAGCAGAGAUGGAGGAGGGGGAGGAGAGUGAAGAGGAGGGAGAAGUGGAGGAGGAUGAGGAAGAGGGUGAGGAGGAAGGGGCAGAUGAAGAUGAGGAGGAGGACAAGGAGGAACAGGAGGAUACAGAGGAAGAAGAGGACUCAGAAGAGUCAGAGGAAGAAGAGUCAGAGCAAGAGGACGAGGAAGAGGAGGAGGAGCCAGCAAAGCCGAAGCCAUACGAGUGCAGGGCGAUAGUGCCGUACCCGUACCUGCCCAAGGAGGGCGUGGAGGCACUGCGGUACCGCGGGGAGGACAUUGCGGUGAAGAUCACGCGCGUGGCCAUUCGCGAGGCGAGAGCCAAGGAGCUGCGGUGGGAGAUACUCAACUCGGAGAAACUGAAAGACCACUUCGACCUCAACCCCAAGGACAGAGACCUCCUGAAGCACGACAAGGUGUUGGCCAAGGUGGCCCCCUCCCCGCACCUCAAGUGCGCAGCUUAG